AUGAAGCCCUCUUUGCUGCUUCUGUGUCACCUCUGGCUGUUCAGCCUCAUGGCUCUCUCACUGGCAUCAGACUCGGCACAAGGUGCCUCCAGCCUAACUUGUUGGUAUGACUCACGGGCGGCUCUCUUCUGUGACUGGAACCCAGGCAGCGACCUGGCUGAAGCACCAUGCCAGCUGCAGAUUCUAUCAAAGUUAGCUUUUUGUGACAGGCCAUUUUCCUUACCUGAAAAAUUCGAGGAGCACUGUGAAUUACCCAAGGCAGAACACAUGACAGGACUGAGGAGAUGCAUCAAAAUCUUCAGCAAAAACAAUAAUACUCAAUGCUUCACCGCUGCAGACCGCCUUACCAUGACCGUCCAUUGCCAAAUUGGAGACAAUAUGUAUACGCCUGCACGAAUAGAAGAUUUCAAUCCACUUGCAAAUAUAAAGCUGAGGCCACCAGGAAAUCUUCAGCUGGUUAGCAAAACUGAAAACACCUACAACUUAACGUGGAGCCUGAAUAUUUCCUCUCACUAUUUGCAUGGGUACCGGGAAUACCAAGUGCAGUACCGAACCACGAGUCAGUCCUGGGAGGAGGCCAGGAACUUCAUCAUUGAGCAGGACCAGAUGUGGGUGGUGUUUGAGAGCCUCUCCCCCGACUUGAAAUACGAGGCAGCUGUCCGUGCAAGGCCGAGUGCCUCAGGUAUCUGCAAAGGCGUGUGGAGCAACUGGAGCGAGACGAUACUGUGGAGGACACAUGCUGACC